AUGAUCUCUGCAACAAGCUGGGUACCAAGAGGUAUAGCCUCUGAGUUUCCUGAGACAUAUGAACUUAAUGAUGAAGAAAUGGCUAGAAUUGAAGCAAUGUCCAAACUGAACUUGGGCGAAGCCAAGGCAGAUUUAGAUGAAGCUAUGGAAGAGGAAAAUGGUGGAUCUGAAGAUGAUAAAAAGGUUGAUUCUGAAAAACUAAAGUCACAACUUGAUAUUGACGAUGAAUUGAAAGAAUAUGAUUUUGAGCAUUAUGAUGAUGACGAAGAAUUGGCGGGUGAAAAAAUUGAAAUGUUCCCAGGUUUGACCAAUACACGUGCUACAUAUGUUAAAAGAGUUAAGAAGGUUGGCGAUGGUGAAAUUGUUGAAGAAGGAGUCGAGCUAGAUGAAGGUGAAGAUGUCGAAGAAGAACAUUAUUUGCAAUUGCCAACGGAGGAAGAAGAGUUAGAGGCACGUGCGGAAUUACAGGUCUAUCCAACCGACAAUCUAGUUUUGGCAACUAGAACUGAAGAUGAGGUCUCAUAUUUAGAUGUAUAUAUAUAUGAUGAUGGUGCAGGUGCUCUUGGACCCGAAGAUGAAGAAGCAGCAGAGGAAGAAAAAAAAAUUGAUCCGGAUGUGAAAAGAGGCAUGGUCCGUGAAGGUAAUUUGUAUAUUCACCAUGAUCUAAUGCUACCAUCUUUUCCUUUAUGCGUUGAGUGGUUGUCAUUCAGACCAAAGGGUGAGAACGAGGUAUCUAAUGUUGGAAAUUUUGCAGCUAUUGGUACUUUUGAACCAACCAUUGAACUAUGGAAUUUGGAUUGCAUUGACAAGGCUUUCCCAGACGUCAUUUUAGGUGAAAACGAAUACCAUGAAUGGAGUUCCAAGAACUCAGGUUCAUCAAAGAAAAAAGGCUCUAAGAAGAAGAAGAAAUUGGGAUCCAAAGUCAGUUCCACUUGUCACACCGAUGCAGUUGUCUCAUUGUCCCAUAACCGCAUAUUCAGAAACGUUCUUGCAUCUACUUCUGCAGAUACUACCGUUAAGCUAUGGGAUCUAAGUAGAUGCAAAGUUGACAGAGCCAUUGAUGAGGGAUUGCAUGAGGGAAAAGCUGUUUCGAGCAGUAUGUGGUUUGGAGAGACCACCUUACUGACGGGUGGUUACGAUGGUAAAAUCAGACUCAGUGAUGUCAGGCUAGACGACGUUAUAAGCAAUUCUAAAAGUUUUUCAUGUGGUUCUGGCUAUGGGGAAGAAGUUGAAAGUAUUGGCAAGGUUGGCGAGCAUCUGGUCAUUGGAGGUUGUGAUUCCGGUAAUGUGUAUUGUUACGAUACGCGUAUGGACCAAGGCGACAAGCCACUAUGGACUUUGCAUGCACACGACUCGGGAAUCAGUACUCUGAGUAGUAACUCUGAAAUUCCAGGUCUAAUUGUCACUGGAGCAAUGGGUGAAAAGGUUGUUAAGGUAUGGAACGUGAAGGACAACAAGCCUAGGAUGAUUUUGAGCAAAGACUUUGGAUGCGGCAAUGUCUUGACCUCCUCCUUUGCCAACGAGCUCGAGGUUAGUGGACAUCUUGUCAUUGGUGGUUCGAGUAAUUCCGGCCUAAAGAUGUGGGACGUUUUCAGUAACAAGACUGUACAGAACAGUUUCAAGGACGAGCUAAAGUCUCUUCAAGGCAGGGCAGUGGAGGAGGCCCACAAGUACGGACGCGUGAGUAGAAUUGCCAGAAAGUACAAGCACGGUUACGGCGAAAGCGUUGUCGAGCCAGAAGCGGGGGGUCUCGAGAAGAAGGAGGAGGAUGAGGACUUUGAAGAGUAA